AUGUUUAGUACUUCGGAGUCCAGACUACAACUGAUGGCCAAGGAAGAUGACGGUAUGCCUGAGCAGUUUGCCAGCCAAACAAUACCUGAAGGCAACCACUCCACGAGGCCUUUGAGAACAUAUAAAAAGAGCAACAUCCCUGUAAGUACCCAAGAAAAAAGUCCAUCUCUGGAGACACCUAGCCUAUGUAACAAUGGCUCUUCAGAUAAUGAUAAAGAUUGUCCAUCAGCUGAUACUGAGAUGGAAGUGGCUGUGAAUGAGCCCACCAACUACUUAUGUUACCUCAGUUACAGCUCCAUGAUGUAUCUAUACAAGCUGUGCAGCUGUAUCCUGAAAGCUGCUCUCUCAGCCAUAUCGAUAUUGGAGAACUCUUCAAAGGAAGAGAAGGAGCAAGAGGAAGAGGAAGAAGUGGAGGAGGAAGAGGAAGAAGAAGAAGAAGAGGAAGAAAAGGAGGAGGAGGAAGAGGAGGAAGAGGAGGAGGAAGAAGAGGAAGAGGAAGAAGAGGAGGAGGGAAAUGAGGAAGAAGAGGAAGAGGAGAUGGAGGAAGAGCAGUAUGAGGAGUAUGAGUAUGAGGAUGAAGAGGACGAAGAUCAAUACUCAGAGGACUGUAUAAUCUGUAUGCUACUCAAAUUCAUAAAUAUGUUUGUGAAGGCAGGGAGAACUCUUCCCUGA